AUGGCAAAUUCUGUAUAUCGUAAUGUUACUUCAGGUUCUGCUUCUUUCCAGAUUGAUCCAUCUUCCCCUGUGGAUACUGUUCGUAAUGAGAUUAGGGAAGAAAAUAAUCAUUUGGAUAAAACAGUAGAAGGACGUUGUGAACUGGUUGGCGAUCAAGAAAUGCAAGUCGGAGGUGGACCGAUAGAGAAUGAGGAACAGAGGGAAUUGGAAGAACAAAUUUUGGAGAAAAAAGUGAAGAUUAGAGCAGCUCGUGAAAAUUAUGUACAUGCAGUAUAUGUGGCAGUUCGUGAAGACUUGAAAAACGUCUUACUAAAGGAUUUAAUGCGCAAAAUCGAAAGUGCUGCAUUUGAAAAAUUGGAGCAAGGAUGGAAAGGAAAGGAAAAAGCUAAAAUUGUGGAGCAGGAUGAUGAUUCCUGGCAAAGUGAAGCAAAAAGUGGUGCUGUUGAUACCUCAACAUUGGUUGUUGAUAGAACUAGCGUUCCUUCACUUAAACCAGCUGUGAGUUCAAAAGAUUCGCUGAACGAAGUGGUCCGACAAGUGACUGAACAGACAAGAGCUGAAAUGUCGGCAGCAUUUGGUCCCGACACAGCGGCGUUGUUGGGCACUGGAUUAUUUUUCAGAGGCUUGGGUAUUGCACGAAGUAUGCCUAGCUUCAAAAAGAAACAAAUGCAUUUGUCGCCGAAACGAAAACAACGAUCUAGAAGUAGUAGUUCCAGAUCAUUAUGUUCUACCUAUUCACAUACAAGAAGCAACAGGACUCCGGAAUCAAGUCAGAGCUGUGGAAGAAGUGAAAGUCAAAAUCGCAGUAGAAGUGAAAGUAGCUUGGCUGAAGAGAGAAGUUCAGAUGACGAAGAUGCUAGAAGUGAAAAUGGACGAAGUACAACUGAAAGUGAGUCUACGUGUUCAACUGAUCGUUUAAGUCCGACAUUUUGGAGCGGAAAACACUUUGGUUCUGGAACUUUUACGCCAGUUGAUGGAUCAACAAGUGAAGAAAAUGAAGAGGUGGAAGUUGACGAGGAGGAAGAGGGGGAGGAGGAGGAACAGGUGGGAGAACGAGGACAUGUCGAAAAGGAUUUCGAUGAAAUUAGAGCAAUUAGCAAAUUGUCAGCACGUUCUGGAAUCGAAGAAAAGGCAAUAUUAUUCGUCAGAACUGAAAUUGAAGGAAAUAUUGGGUAUGAUGGAACUGAUUCCUCAAGCAGUUGCACAACAACAUCCCACUUGAUAGAGCAGGAUAAAAUUACUGAAGAACUGCAGACAAAACAUGGAAAGGUACUUGAUGUUGCGAAUAUGGAGGGAUAUUUCAACGAUCACUGCUAUCUUCCGGUAGAACUAUCGGAACAAUUGAAAAAAGAAUUUGAAGAAAGCGUUUUAGUGUGCACUGUUAGUGAAAUGAUACCAUCGGAGUACCGUGAAACGAGAAAAUUGGGAAAACCAGAGGAAACACUUUUGCAACACGUGCAAGAUAAAGCUGGUAUGAAAAUACAACUGGUGUUAACAAAAGUGAAGAAACGAUGCUAUCGAAAUGAACUUGCUUCGCUACUUCCACCACCCGUUGACGUGGAACGACUUGCAUGGGAAAUAGGUUGGAAACCUGCAAAACAUUGGGAGAAACGAACUCCUGAAGAAGAAAAAAAGAUCUUCUGGAAAUUUGAAAAAGAAGGCCUGGAUGCAGAAGAUUUGAUGUUCUUGGAAAAAGCAUUUCACGAGAUGCAGAAUGAUGGAACAGCAACAUGGAAUAGAAAAUUGUAUUGGGUACCACCGAGAAAAGUGCCAGAAGUCCAUCUGUUGGUUAGAAAUUACUAA